GUCCUGGAGAAGUUCGAGAUGGCGCAGGCCAAACCAGUCUCCACCCCCCUCCCCUUCGGUCACCAACUUGCGCCACCCACCUCCCCCUCCACCUCCUCCCGGCCAUAUGCCGAGCUUGUUGGGUCGCUGAUGUACGCGAUGAUGUGCACUCGCCCCGACCUCGCCUACCCCGUCAGCGUCCUUGCUCGGUUCGUCGGCUCUGGCCGUCACACUGAGGAACACUGGGCUGCCGCCAAGCGGGUCCUCCGCUAUCUCUGCGGCACCAAGGAUCACGCUCUCACGUUGGGUGGAUCCUCCCCUCCCCUUCUCUCGGGCUUCAGUGACUCCUCCUGGGCAGACAAUCAGCCAGACCGCCGCUCCUCCCAAGGCUAUGGCUUUACCCUCGGCAGCGGACUUAUCAGCUGGCGUUCCACCCGCUCCUCCGCCAUCGCUCUCUCUUCCUGCGAAGCUGAGCUCUAUGCGGGCACCAUGGCCGCUCAAGAGUCCCGCUGGCUCUGCUUUCUUCUGGCAGAGCUUGGUGCCCCCCAGCGCUGUCCCACGCUCUGGUGUGACAACGCCAGCACCAUCCAUCUCACCCAGGACCCCGUCUUUCAUGGUCGCUCCAAGCACAUCGAGCUCCGCUAUUUCUUCAUCCGCGAACUCGUCCAGCAGAAUCUUAUCGCCGUACGCAAGAUCGCUACUGAAGCCAAUCUGGCAGAUAUCUUCACCAAAGCACUUCUUCGCCCUGCGCACUCUGCUCUCCUCUGCCUCAUCGGCCUCGCUCCCCCAGGCGCGCCUUGA